UCCAACACACCCACAGAGACAGACAGGAUACCUGAUAGACUUGGCAGUGAUGGGCGUUUCCCAACACUUCUGGGCUUAAAAAGCAACUUGGUGGGCCAGAGACGACAUCAGAUCACUGGCACCACCGGAGAUAAGAAAAAUAAACCCAACAGAGAGCACAGCAACACGGUCGUCAUGAGCAGAUGUCUGAUCAGCCAGGCGGAGGUGCAGGCCUUCAUUGAGAGGUGUAUGGUGGCGGUGGGCACCAAACCUCAUCAUGCCCACAGUCUGGCCGAGGUGUUGGUGGAAGGAGACCACAGAGGCCACUACAGCCACGGACUCAACAGGAUGGAUAUGUAUGUGAAGGACAUCCGGUCAGGAAUCUGUGCAAAGGAUGGUGAGCCGGUGGUGGAGAAGGAGAGCGCAGCCACAGCACUGGUGGAUGGGAAGAACCUGUUGGGCCCAGUGGUGGGAAACUUCUGCAUGAAUCUGGCCAUAAAGAAGGCCAAAGAAGUCGGCAUUGGCUGGGUGGUAGCACACGGUUCCAACCAUUAUGGUAUUGCUGGAUACUAUGCGAUGCAGGCCCUGAAGAAAAACAUGAUUGGCAUGGCAUUUACCAACACAUCCCCACUGGUGGUUCCCACUCGUGGUAAAGAGUGCACUUUGGGCACCAACCCCAUCAGUGUGGCAGCUCCUGCUAACGAUGGAGACAGCUUUGUUCUAGACAUGGCAACAUCAGCAGUAGCACUCGGAAAGAUCGAGCUCCAUGAGCGCCGUAAAGACCCCAUUCCUGAGGGCUGGGGCUGUGACCCUCAGGGAAAACUGACAACAGACCCCAAGAAAGUCCUGACUGGAGGAGGACUUGUACCCAUUGGUGGCAAUGAAGACACAGGAGGGUACAAAGGCUACGGUCUGGGAAUGAUGGUGGAGGUUUUCUGUGGUAUCCUGGCUGGUGCCCAGUACAGCAAACACAUCCGCACGUGGAAAGUAACGGACCGUGUUGCCAACCUGGGUCAAUGCUUUGUGGCAAUCAACCCAGAGAUGUUUGCUCCAGGGUUCAGUGACAGGAUGUCAGACCUGCUGUCCAUCCAGAGGAGCAUGGAGCCUGCUGACCCUAAUCUUCCUGUCUUGGCUGCUGGAGAUACAGAGAGGAUGAACAUGAAGAAAUGUGAGGAGUUGGGUGGGAUUUCCUACCACAUCAAUGUGGUCAACUACAUGAAUGACUGUGCUAAGAAUGUUGGCGUCAGCAAGCUGCUGCCAUGUGACAGACUCCUCUCCAGUUAGAUGGUUCAAACAAGAUCUUCAGCUCUGAAUAUUGGCCACCGAUUUUGUUCAUCUUGAAGAUCACACGAAAGCAAUUUAAUUGCAGUUCUGUUUACGCACAAUAUGCAUGUUGAAAGUAAUAUUUUAUAAAUUUUUAAACCAGCGCUUGCCAGUUAUUGAAAUCUUUUAAAAUUGAUAAAAGUUUGAAUUAAAAACAAACAUAUAUUAAAUUUUAAAAGUUGUGACAUUAAAAGAAAUGUAUAGAAUAUUUAUAUAUUUUUUAAGGAACUCUGGACUAGGUGUUGAGAUGCUGUAUCUCCAGAUAUCCAGAUCCAAACUUAAACAUGUCUUCAAGAUGCUGCAUGAAAAUCAAAUAUGCAUAUUGUUUGUCUAAAGCUGUUGUAAAGCGUUGCUUUGUGCCUGAUGGUUGAAUGUGAAUGAUUUUUUUUUGAUACGACUGAGAGAUAAAAUAAAGUUUUAGUGGUUUGUUGUCAUCAAAUGAACAGAUUGUUGUGGAUGCAACAUUGGAACUGUACAGCUGUCAGUACAGUAUGGCACAAAGUCAUUUUUUCUAAUGCUAACAAGCAUUUUAGUUUACAGUGACAAUGUUUUGCUACUUUUACAAUGUUCAUAUAAUCUUUUUAGUUUAUCUUGAAAACAUCAUUUCUAUGUACAUUAUUCAAUAAAAAACACAAACCAAAGUUGCUUCUUUAAGCAUUAA